AUGGCUAUCCUUUCCGGGUCAAAGAAACCGGAAACACUGAUUUCGAGUACCAAUGUAAUGGUGGUGCGGUUUAGCAGUGAUGCACAGAUACAAACGGUAAAUUCUAAUAAACUAACUUGUAUUUUAAACGGUACGCUUUUUUCAGUUAGUGUGUCUUGCGGUGGUGUUAUGAAAGCUCAGCCUUAUGGGCAAACGUUCACCAGUCCGGACUAUCCCAAAAACUACCCAAAUGGCGUGGAAUGUGUUUGGAAAAUCGAUGCGCCUCCUGGACAACUCAUUUCCCUUGAUGUUCGAUGUUCGAAUCGCAUUCGUCUUAAUCAAGGAAUUAUAACAUCCCCUGGUUAUACUCAGGUAGCAUAUCCGAAUUCUCAACGCUGCGUUUAUACGGUAGAGCUUCCGGAUGGUAAAUCGGAACAGCCAACAGCUUUUGCUGUCAACAGCUUUGAUGUUGCCGAAGACGAUCGUUUGCUUGUCAGUUUUUUCCAUCCUUGUUUUAACCCCUUCUUGAAUACCAGGGCCAACAAAAUCGUUCAAAUUCUGUAUGCUUACCUCCUAUGUUACUGA